UUAGAAAUUGAAUAAAAAUGAAAUGAACAACAUCUGAACGGCAACAAGGUUUCGCUUUUAUCCCAACAAAAUAUCAUUUCUGCUUAUCGAAUCUGCAACGCAACUUGGCAUUAAUCCAAACCAUGGCUUCCACAGGAUUGACUCAGAGACGACGAGGCGCUGCUGGAAAUGACAUGACUGAGUACGAUACUGAUGAUUAUUCUGCAGCUGCUGAUGGUGGAGCUUUUCCAAAAGACGGCGGAGCGCAUGCUUCUACUGGAGGUACUGGAUCAGCACAGGCUAUUGACACAAAUGGACAGUCAUUUUAUAACCAAGAGGGUUAUGACGACGAUGAAAAGGUGGAUGGAGUGGGAAAGCGGGGCAGAAAGUUGACGCUGAUGGAAGAAGUGCUACUGCUGGGCUAUAAAGACAACGAGGGUCGUCUUUCAUUUUGGAACGACAACAUUUCAUACGUUCUUCGAGGUGUCAUUUUGAUUGAACUCUCUUUUCGAAAUCGUAUAUCGACUGUUAAAGAACCAAGGAAGCGGCCUUUUCCUGAUCGUUUGAUUGAAGUUACAGAUGAGCGUUUGACUGGAGAAGUGCUAUUGGACGAAGCUAUGAGAUAUAUCAAAACUGAUGUAGAUAGUAUUGGCAAUUGGGUGGACUUGCUUAGUGGCGAGACUUGGAAUUUGACCAAGAUUGGAUAUCAACUCAAACAGGUCCGAGAGCGUAUAGCCAAAGGACUUGUCGACAAGGGCGUUCUUCGCACAGACAAGCUAAACUUUGUCUUGUUUGAUUUGCCUACCCAUCCACUUGCUGAUCCAAAAAUCAAGGAGGAAAUCAUUCAGCGCGCAGUGAAUUGUCUUUUAGGACGAGGCCCAGCUACAGACAGAAGAACGAUCGCAAUGGUAUGUGCGGCAUAUGCUGCCAAUGUACUUGAAAACGCUCUGAUUGGUUUAAGCCAUUCACAACGUGAGGCAGCAUUUCAAAAAGUGGAUGAUUUACUUCAGGAGCAUGCAUCUUACUCUGAAAAAGCUCGAAAGAUUGGUACAACAGAUGUCAUGUCAGGUGUUUUUAGCGUUUAUGCAAAAAUGGAUAGUAUCCUAUGAUUGCCAUUGAGACUUUUAAUGAACGAUAGGUCAAUGGAACAAAUCAAAAUGUUCAUUAGUUUUAAAUAUGCGUAGAGGUGUAUACUUUGACCAAUACAUGUGCCUAGAUUGAGCUCUUGAUUAUUAUUGGUGACACCUUAUUGGGUCUUGCCAAUACUGCAUGACACGAAUGAACAGACGAGUGAGUGGACCAAGAUUAGUUCAACUUAUCAGUCACGUUUAAUAGUUUCAAAAAACAAUCUGUCGAUACGUAAGAUCGCAAUCCCAACAGAAACUUGCAUGUCAGAUUAAAAACUCGUUCUUGUUUGAGCAUCUAAAGCA